AUGAGCGAGACAUCGUCCUUCUACGCGAGCAUUCCUCUGCUUCCCCAGCUCAAGAACUAUGGAUACAGCCCACCGACGACCGACGAAGGGCACGAUGGGCCUCCAUCUGCUGACAGGGCCAUUGGUGUGUGCGUGAACUUUGAGGAUCACGGCGGGGUGUGGCAAUUCCUGUCUCCAUCGUUGAGCCAGCGGCUUCCAUUACGUGGCAUUGUGUGGAAGAACCACUUGCAGUCGAACAAAACCAUCGAUCGCCUGCACGUAAACUUCCAGCAAUUGGCGUCAUCGUCUUCUGGAGGGCAUGUCGACACGACGGGUCUCGUCCACAUGUUUGUGGUCAAGUGCGAGGACAUGGACACGUACAAGGCCAAGGUCAAGCCGUCACUGUCCGCGUGGGUGGACCGCAUGACGCUGCACGGACACGAGUGGCUCGUGCUGUACGUUCCAUUGGGUACGCAGAUGCCGUCAUCAACGUCCGUGGCGCGAGGCCUGGGUCUGAGCGCCUUGACCCAAACCUUCCGGGACACGUCCAAAGUGUACCGCAAGAUUUUUGACCGCAUGAAGGGUGACUUUGCCGACAAUCAAAAGAGUAAACUCGAUCGGUUUUGCAAGAUUGACGUGCUCGACGGCAGCAGCGGCGUGCCCGGUCAGCAGCAGCAGCACGAAAGCCAGUGGUCCGAGGUGCUCAUCAAGCUCAAGGCGUGCAUCAUGGACGCAUUUGACGCGCGGUGCGCCGAAUACGAAGACCAACUGCGCGUGUUGGACGGAAAACGAGCACUUUCUGGAUGGGACUUCAGCUCGUUCCUUCAAGUCAAGGAAAGCUUGGCGUUGCUAUACAUCCAAGCCACGCUGUACGACGACGCCCUCAGACAUUAUGACGAACUGGAAGCAAUUUAUGCGAGCAUGGACCACGAGGCCUCCACCCACGUCCGUUUCAACCCGACCGACGCCAUUUUCACGUCGACGCCGUUUGAGAUUGACAUGACGUCCGUGCGCAUGAACAUUGCUGUUAACGCGGCGUCUGUACUGCACGUGCGUCUGUACUUGUUCUGCCGUCAGGUAGCCAUCUUGCUGCUCAUGGAAAAUGCCUACGUGGACGUGUGCCAGCGUGGCCUGGUGCUCAUUCCGCAGGUGGUGGCCUUGCUUUAUACCCUUCGCAUCUCGCCAGCAAUGGCGUCCCAGUGGGCGGUCGGGGCGGCGUUAGCCCUGUGCGUCGCCUGCGAGCAUGAGUGCAGCCGGCUUCCGUCCUCGCCGGCGCUGGCCACCGCCUUGGGUGACCUGCUCUACCUCGCCCGACGCCACGCCAAAUCCCUCGACUUGUGUGGUUCGUCGGAGUGGUAUCCGCUGCGGUCUCCCCAUGGCCUGGACGAAAUCACACAGCGGGCAGCCGUUCAGUAUGGCCGCGCCGGCCGCGUCCGCUUGGCUUCGUUUUUGGCCGCUCAACGACAUGCAUCGUGGAAGUGUGCCGACGACCACGAGCAGCCUUCGCCGCUCUUGGUACAGCUAAACCAGUAUGAAAGAGACCAGUGGUGGGAUCUCAUGCACGACACGGUGGUGCGCUUCAUGAAGGCGGAACUGCAGCGAGGCAAUGUGUGUGACGUGGUGGACGUAGCCCUUCGCUGGCUCAAGCUGGACGCCGCUGUCGACUACGCAUCGUCGACGGUGCGGGCGCUGUUUCUGCAGGCGCUGGCAGCACCGUCGAACGAUCCGGAUAGGUGGACGAAUGGCGAAUGGUCGACAGUGUUUGAUCCGUCGGUGGCGGUGCUCGAGGCCACAUCGACUACGGUGCGGCUUCAAGUAUCGCUGAAGAAUGCGCUGCGAGUUGGCUUUUGUGUGGACGACGUCGUGGUAACCUGUGAGUACGAGGGAUUCGAGGACGAGGAGGACGUCGUCGACUGCUUGUCGCUGGACGCGCCUGCUUUGAUGGGUCAGCACCGUCCGGCGGGGGUCCUGCGGUCAUCCACGAGCGAUAUGAUGGACACCAUAGAUGGCUUUACGUCGUACUUGGCUGAAGGGGACAUGAGACCCCACGAUGGCCAAGCACCCCAUCCUAGCAAGACAGCCGACAAUGACAUUGCAGUCACGUUCGGGAAGAUCGCUUUGCCAGCCCAAAGGGGGGCGACGGCCGACGCCAUGCGCGAGAACGUUCCCCAUGGUCGAUACACGUGUCGACAGGUAGCGGUCCGGUUGGCGGACGACGUCGUGCUUGUGGUGCCGUUGGAGGACCCGGUUACGUUUACGCUCCGUCCGUCCUAUUCGAGUACGAUGGCGCUGGACGUGCGGUGUCCACCCAUUCUGUCGCCGCUGACGUCCACACAAUGCACAGUCGUGAUUCGUCCGCAUGACGAUAUCAUUCAAGGCGGGACGUUAGCAGUGACGAUCCAGGGUGAUGCGCAUGUGGAGAUUUCCGUUGCCUCCUCUACUUACGCCCGACCAAAUGACAGUGGUGGUGGUGGUAGUGUGGUGGUGCCGUUGCCAUCCCCGUGUCAAGUGGAUACUGCGUUUGAGUUCACAUUGGUGUCGACAAGCAACAAAGAAGAGUGUAGCCACGUGGUACUGGACGUGGCAGUGCACGCGUCGAUCACGACCAAAGAUGGUAUCGCGCACAAAAGAACAUCGCGGCAUGCAGAAACGCAUAUAUCUGUGACACCGUUGGUGACUACCACCACGACCACGCGAUGUAUCCGCGACACGGUACACUGUGUUGACGUCGAGAUACAAGCCAACGACAAAGUCGGCGUCGAAAUCGACCCAGCGCAAUACGAAUGGUGGGCUCUCGACCAUCUUCAUGGUGGUGAUGCACAUGACAACGAGGGGCACCUUGUGAACCUGCUCAGCAGUGACACGCCUCGGUACCCCGGCCUCCUCAUUAUGGCUAAUCCGAAUACAUCUCUGCCGGUGAUGACCUUGAAUCCGUCAGGACGGUGUCACGCGGCCUUUGUAGUGGACGUCACAGACGAGCUGCCGUCAGAUACUGCCGUGUACAUGCGGUUGCACUGCAAGUCGGUUUGGACGGCCGACGACUCAACCGUUGGAACGUUGGACAACCCCUUCCCACCGCUCGAGAUGGUCGUGGUGGUGCCUAUCGAUGUCAACCUCCGGCUAGCCGACUUGGUGUUGCCGCGCCCGUUUCAGCUGACCACGACGUGUGCUGACCUCUCCACAGCGAGUACUCGGUCACGUUGGACGACAUUUUCAGUAGACGUGGUGGCCCCGCCAUCGCAUUCGAGCCAGUUGUGGAUUGGGUUGGAUGAAACAAGUCAGCGCUGCUGGGUCUGUGCCGGUCCAUCUGUCCAAACUGUGACAUCGUCGUCAAAGGCUGCGUUCAAGCUGCGACCACUGCACGUGGGCCGCUUGUCGUUUCCUGUGUUUACGCUGAAGGUUCGAGAGAGCGACAACAGCGUUAGCAUUGUAGCGCCCAAUCUCGUGCAUCAGUUGCCAGAAUAUGUCCAAGUGCAGGUGUUGGCUUGAUCGAUCGUUGUUGUUUCGGCAACUAGCUAUACUACCAACUAACAUUAUAUAUUGAAUAACGCCUGGCUGCUCGC